AUGGAGCUGUCUUGUGAGUCAGUCAGAUAUCCUGAGGACAGAAGACCGUCCAGCUGCAAGUUUGUGGAGCUCCAUGUGCUGUAUGUGCCAGAUGACCAGUGGAACGUGAAGCUCAAUAAAGUCCCUGCUGAAGCCAUCGAGACCUUCAUAUCUGCCGGGUUUAUCAGAGUUUAUCCUGAUAUCACCCUGAAAACUCUGAGAAGCGAGUUGGGAGCGCUUCUUGGCGCCGAGAGGAACAUUGACAAAUUCUCCUUCCUGAAAUGUGUGGGGCGCAGUUUGGCACUGGUCAAGAGCAAACAGGAGACGGAUCUGAAAGUGAAAACAUUCGCUCCACCGUAUGCCCCACAGCCGGAGCUUUACCUGCUGCCCACCGUGGAGAACGACAGCAGCGUUUGCUCCCAGUCUGUCACCACAGACACCAGCAGCAGCUCCCCAGACCACCAGACUUAUUACCACCCACCCAAGGCGUGCAGUCUGCCAGCAGGAACAAAGGAGCCUAUUAAAUUCCCCCUCAUCCCCCAGUGUUCCCAUCAGCCGCCUCCCACCCCCAGCCUGGAGGAGGAGGAGGAGGAGGAGGAGGAGGAGGAGGAGGAAGAUGAGGAGCAGAGCUAUAGUUCUUCAGAGGCAGAGGGAGACAAUGAAGAGGAGGGUCUCUCUUCCAACAAAUGGGCAGAGCAACAACGUUGCCCAAGGAGGCCUCAGAAUAAAAGAGCGCCACAGCCUGUUUCACAGAAUAAAGCCUUACAACGCUGUGAAGCUGACUCAGCUCAGGUGAAGGAGUCGCAAGUGAAUGAAGAAACCUGCAGACAAAAGAGACAGUACCACAGACAGAACAGAGUGAUCAGAAAUUCAGGAGUCGCCGAGUCCCUGGAAGACCGAGAUUCAGGCUUCUCCCUCACAGAUGGGCUCGGGAAAUCAAAAGAUGCACAUGCACCAAAGUCCAUCAGGAAUAAACCAACAAGUGAAGCAGAAGAAAGUGCAGCUGUGUCUCGGGCUGUUGGGCUCACCUCUCUAGAUGUGGCCUUUGUCACUCAAAAAACAACUGCCCCUACUGUCUUUCAUACAAACAGAGAGGAACUGAUCGAGGAAAUCAAGCUGGUGAGGGAGGAGAGAAAGCAGCUGGAGUGGACGAGGCAAGAGUUACUUAGAAAGGGGAAAGAUUUGUUGGCUCAAAACAGACACCGCAGGAACCAAGCACGUGACAGUUGGAAGAAGAAAUAUUUUGAAACCAAGAAGGCCACAGCACCUUUGGAGGAAAACCUGAGAAACUUAAAACAAGAGUUGGAGACAUUUUACAACAAACUCUUGCACCAGCUCCAGGCCAGAGAUAACCGAGGGAAGCCAAGACGACAGGGCAGAUCUUCCAUAAAGAAUGAGCUCAUUAUUCAUAUCAUGACGGAGAGCCAUGAGAUCGACAACCUAAAGAGGAAAGUAGAGGAUGCCAAGAUGAAGCUGGUAACGGAGAUAAAGUUGAGGAAACAGGCUGCCACAGAGCUGAGGGCCCUGAGGGCUGAGCUGGCCCAGAAGAAGAGUCAGACCUCUCACCCUGGUCCCAUGGCCUCUCUGAGCUUUGGAAAUACCACACGGGACAGACAGCAAGCGCAAAGCACCUCCAUCUAA